AUGCCUUGCCGUAAGGCCAUUUCUUCCAUGUCUCUUGGCCGAGCAUGGGUCCACGAAAUGCCAAACAAGCUCGACCAAGCCGCAAAAUACGGCUUCAGGGGUCUCGAGCUCUUCCACGAGGACCUGGAAUACAUUGCACGCGACAUGCCCGGUGGCGCAAACCCCGAAAACCAGAUCAAAGCCGCCGAGAUAAUACGCGUGCUGUGCGACGAGCGUGACAUCGAGAUCCUGUGCCUGCAGCCGUUCAUGCACUAUGAAGGCCUGAAGGACCGCAUCGAGCACGCCAUGCGCAUCGAGAAGAUGCGGCUCUGGCUGCGGCUUGCGAAGGUGCUGAACACGACCGUCAUCUCCAUCCCCUCGACCUUCCUUCCGCGCGACCAGGUGUCGGGCGACAUGGACCUCAUCGUGUCGGACCUGCGCGAGGUCGCCGACAUGGGAGCGCGCGAGACGCCCGUCAUCACUUUCGCAUACGAAGCCCUGUCCUGGGGCACGCACGUCGACACGUGGGAGAAGAGCUGGGAGAUCGUGCAGCGCGUCGACCGCCCCAACUUCGGCCUCUGCCUGGACACGUUCAACAUCGCCGGCCGCAUCUUCGCGGACCCGGCAUCCCCGACGGGCACCACCGCCGACGCCGACGCCGUGGUCAAGGCCUCGAUCGCACGGCUGCUGAGCGACGUCGACCCGAAGAAGGUCGUCUAUGUGCAGGUCGUCGAUGCCGAGCGCCUCGCAAAACCGCUCGUGCAGGGCCACGAGUACUACAAUGCUGAGCAGCCGACUCGCAUGAGCUGGAGUCGCAACUGCCGUCUCUUCUACCGCGAAGAGGCUCACGGGGCAUACCUACCCGUUCGCGACAUUUGCGAGGCCAUUUUCAACGGCCUCGGCAUAGAGGGAUGGGUCAGCAUGGAACUCUUCAACCGCUGCAUGGCCGAUGAAGACCCAGAAACACCUGCAAGACUAGCCAAGCGUGCGGCCGAAUCUUGGACAAGAAUGGUGGAGGAUUUGAAUUUGCAGGAUGGGGAUGCACCUCAGCACCAUGAACAAGAACUCGAGCAAGAGCGGGCCAAUCUGUAG